UCAAUGCGUAGACAUAUCGCGACAUUCCAUUCAAUCGUUCCAUUUCCUCUUCCGAAAUUUUUGAAGCACACCGACUAUCUUCUGUGUGUAAAUUCCGUUAAAACGCUGAUAUGAGGCUGUGUCUGCUGUUUGUGGUCACUCUGUUGUCCUUGGCCCCGGCAGUUCGCGGUGGCGACAAAAAGAAGCUCCAAAUUGGCAUCAAGAAAAGAGUUGACAACUGCCCCAUCAAGUCCCGUAAAGGGGAUGUGCUGAACAUGCACUACACUGGAAAGCUGGAGGAUGGAACAGAGUUUGACAGCAGCAUUCCAAGGAACCAGCCCUUCACCUUUACUCUGGGAACCGGACAAGUCAUCAAAGGCUGGGACCAGGGCCUGCUCGGAAUGUGUGAGGGAGAGAAGAGGAAACUGGUCAUCCCCUCGGAGCUUGGAUAUGGAGACAGAGGAGCGCCUCCUAAGAUCCCAGGUGGUGCCACUCUCAUUUUUGAAGUUGAACUGCUCAGCAUCGAGAGGAGGUCUGAUUUAUAGUGAACGUUAACUUCAAGCAAAAUCAGCGGCCUGUUAGUGCUGGUUUUAAGUCAGUGUGCUCUACCACUUAUAAGCCAUUGAAGAACCUGCAUAAUAUACAUACUAUUCAACUAUAACUAACAUCAUAUGUAACUGGUACUCUCUGGUGAAUCCAAUGCCUUAAAAAUGUCAUCAUUUUUAGUUCAGCAUUCAGUUGCCCCUUACCUCAUUCCUGUGUUAUGUUUUCCUGAAUGUUAUGCCAUGACCAGCUCUUGCUCUUUGACUUAAAUGUAUCAUCAUUCUCAUUUUGGAGUAAUUUACCAGCCUGAUAAGUGAAACUUACAGGGUACGUAUAUCAUGCUGAGAGAACAGGGCAUAUAACACACAUGUGGUAGCACAAGAUAAGCGAUGGUGCACUAUUCAGUAGGUUUUUGGGCUCUAUUGAAAGGAUUUAUUUGUAACAGAUUUCCAAUUUCACUACAUUGGUAUACAAGACUUGACCAAUGGUCUUGUUUCAGUAAAAGAUUAAAGAUUUGGAUUUUGAAA